AUGACUAUGAGCGGCGGAAUGCUGGGCGGCGAGUCGCGUCUGUCGCUGCUCGGUCUACCGGCCGAGAUUCGCAACCUCAUCUGGGAAUACACAUUCCCUCCGCCGAACUCACGAUACACGACGCUCUCGUCCGCUGGGAGCAGCAGGGCUCAGUCAAGAAAGAGCAGAAGCGCAUCACCGUCCUCGGCGACAUCUUCCGCCUCGUACGCGUCCUCAAGCUCAGACACCUCAGUCGCGAUCCCUGCGGAUGACGAGCACGGCUCCGUCAGCGUCGUUCGCAACAGCAAACAAGACGCCGCGCACACGGCAGCAUCGGGCACAUAUUCGGGCUUGGCUCUGCUGCUGACCUGCCACCAGAUCCGCGCGGAGACCCUUUUGCUAGCGUUUUCACGCACGCCGUUCCGGACGAAGCUGUGCCGGCCGGCGGCGCUGACAACGCGGCUAGCGGUGCUGUCGCCCGCGCAGGUCCGGGCCAUCCGCUCGCUCACCUUCACGACGAGCGCUUCGUCGGCGCAGCACCCCAAGCAGUGGGAGGGCGACCUGCGGCCGCUUCUGUUCCCCGUCUACGUCCAGUGCCGCAAGCUGCUGUACGAGUCCGUGCGGCUGCUGCCCGGCGUGCGCUUCGUCGACUUUGUGCUCGGCGAGGAGCGAGCCGGCCAGUUUGGCAAAGGUGGACCGGGUGGGACAGUCGGGCGAGGCAGGACCGUGGGUGGAGCCAAGUUCUUCUUCGACACGGUGGUGGGGGUCGGGCUGCGCGAGAGGAACGGUAGGGGUGAGACACACGCAUGGGGUGACCGGUGGCAGGUGAUACCGGGAGCGGAAGGGGAGGAUAGAUGCAUCUGGUUGGUGGAGGACCGGCAGGGCUGUGGUGAAGAAAGGAGAUCGGCCGAGAGGAACGAGGGAAAGAGGUGGGUUAGGGUUGAGAUCGUGAGACUGCCGCUCGGUGGUUGA